CUCUCUCUCUCUCUCUCUCCUGCUGUCUAAGUGUAUGGCUUAUGUCCGCUGCAGCAAAUGAGCACAUGUCCAGAGCAAACACAGCGAGACUCUCCAAGUGACUCUGAGCUGGAAGUAAAUAUUUUGCAGAAAUUUGGGGUGUAAUUUUCAAAAACUUUUUUGGAUCUUGUCCCUUUUUCAAAGAAGUUGGAUCACUUCUUGGCAAUGUAAGUGCUUUUUCUGUGGGAGCAGUGCUCAGCAUCUGGAAAAUUUUUGAAAACGUUUCAGGACUGGAAGAUCUGGAAACUUUAUCUCUUUCAAGAAUUUGUGUUUUGAUCCACAGGUGUUUUUUUUUUUUUUUUUUUAUUCUAUAAACUGACUGACAAAGACUGGAUCUCUCCACACAUCAGCAGGACUCAGUUUGACCUUUUCUUUUUUUGUUUUUUUCUUUUUAACAUAUUUACACACAGAGCAGUUCUGAGUGCUUUGUAGGUCUCUGGCCAACUUGCAGGCAGGUGUGAUGCUGGGUCAGUGUCUUUGAUGUACACAGUCACACUCCUAUGCCCACACAUUGCUGCCUGAAAACCACAAGUGGCCAGGACAUCCAAUGACAGGACACAACUCAAAGCUAACUUUGAGUGUCACACCUGUGCUUGACAAAUUCUUGUGGAGAUGUAACAUCGACAUUGUCUUAGAAGUACUGUAGAGUCUGCUUUGAUUCACUGCACCAUUGGUUCAAGGACCAAACUAUCUUGAACUGAAAGAAAACAUCUUCCACCACCAUGACCCCACAGACCUGCAGUUUGCAUGUCUUCCUCCCCCACUUUCUUCUCCCUGUCCUGCUGUUGCUCCUCCAGGCCUGGCGGGUGUGCUGCCAUCCCCAGUGUUUGGACUUCAAGCCUCCAUUUGAACCCCAGCAGCCACUGGUCUUCUGUAAAGAGUAUUCCAAGUUUGGAUGUUGUGAUUUGGAAAAAGAUGAAGAGAUUGGAAUUCGCUUUUACACCAUCAUGGAAAAUUUUGACCAUUCGGGUUAUAUGACCUGUGGCAAGUACAUACGCAGCAUCCUCUGCCAGGAGUGUUCUCCAUACGCUGCCCACCUGUACGAUGCUGAAGAUGCUAACACACCAAUGCGGAUGUUGCCUGGAUUGUGUGGCGAUUACUGCUCCGACUACUGGCACCAGUGUCGGUACACACUCAGCCUGCUCUUGGAGGACUUACGGAGCCCGCAGCAGAUUGCAAACUUGACUGCAACAUUAGAAGAAGAUCGUAGAAAGUUCUGUGACUUUCUGGAGCUGAAAGACAAGCAGUACUGCUAUCCUAAUGUAGUUUCAAAUACAGAGCUGAAUGCUAACCUUGGUUUUGUAAGUGAGAAUUCCAAGGGAUGCCUGGAGAUAUGCUUACAGGAGGUUGCCAAUGGCCUCCGUAACCCCGUGGCCAUGAUCCACGCAGGUGAUGGAACUCAUCGAUUCUUUGUCGCAGAGCAGCUUGGUUAUGUGUGGGUGUAUCUGGCAAACGGCUCUAGGAUCGACCGCCCUUUUCUCAACCUCACCCAAGCGGUCCUCACAUCGCCAUGGUUGGGAGACGAGAGGGGAUUCCUCUGCAUAGCCCUCCACCCAAGGUUCACCAGGGUCAGAAAAGCCUACGUGUACUACUCUGUUUCUGUCAACAAGGAGGAGCGGAUACGAAUCAGCGAGUUCACACUGUCAACACAUGAUGACAACCAGCUAGACCACUCCUCUGAGAGGACCAUCCUUGAAGUGAUAGAGCCUGCAUCCAAUCACAAUGGAGGACAGCUUCUAUUUGGCCAUGACGGUUAUCUGUACAUCUUCAUUGGCGAUGGUGGACGAGCUGGGGACCCAUUUGGAAAGUUUGGCAACUCACAGAACAAGUCAGCGCUCCUCGGCAAGGUGCUGCGUGUUGAUAUUGAUAACAAUGAUGAUGGCGCCCCGUACAGUAUUCCAUCGGACAACCCGUUCUUGUGGGAGAAGGAAGCACGACCUGAGGUUUAUGCAUAUGGAGUUCGCAACAUGUGGCGUUGCUCCAUUGACCGUGGUGACCCCGUUACAGGCCAAGGCAGGGGCAGGAUGUUUUGUGGUGAUGUAGGCCAGAAUAAAUAUGAAGAGGUGGACCUCAUUGUUAAAGGAGGCAACUAUGGAUGGAGGGCCAAAGAGGGAUUCAGCUGCUAUGACCGAAAACUCUGUCAAAACUCUUCGCUAGAUGACAUCUUGCCUAUCUUUGCCUACCCCCAUAAGUUGGGCAAGUCGGUGACAGGAGGAUACAUCUACAGAGGCUGUCAGAUGCCCAACCUCAAUGGACUUUAUAUCUUUGGUGAUUUCAUGAGUGGGCGUCUGAUGUCUCUUAAAGAGGAUGUCACCACUGGUGAAUGGCAGUACUCUGAGAUCUGCAUGGGGAGAGACCAGACCUGCAGGUUCCCCAAACUCAUCAACAGUCAUUAUAAAUACAUCAUCUCUUUUGCUGAGGAUGAAGCAGGUGAACUGUAUUUCUUAGCCACGGGAAACCCAUCUGCCAUAGCCAGAGGAGGAGUCGUCUAUAAGAUAGUGGACCCCUCCAGGCGAGCACCACCAGGAAAAUGCAACAUCAAGCCUUCACCUGUUAAGAUAAAAGGAAAACUGAUUCACUUCCAACCCAAACAAGAGUUGGUAAUCAACAAGAAACCAACCACCACAGCUGUACCCACAACAACCACAAGAAAAACUACAACCACAACAAAAACACCACCAAGAAGAAAGCCUAUAAUAAUAAUAAAACCACCAAUGCCAACAAGAAAAACAACAAGAAAAAUGACACUACCACCACUACCACCACCCCAAGCAACAACAACAACAACAAAAACAACAUUUAAAACAACAAAAAGAGCAACAACACCACCACUGCCAACAACACCAACUAUAAAAGCAACAACAACAAUAAAAACAACCUCAGCAACAACAAUAAAACCAACAACUGUACCAACAACUCUCCAGAUGGCAACAACCCGUGCCCCAACCACACCCACUGGUUAUCGCACAACCGUCAUGACGGCUGCCUUCUCUAGGAUUGCUCAAACCCCAAUCAACACCACGCCUCCAUCCAGGAGACACGGGAGACCCCUUCGCUACCCUCCUUUUACCACCUCCCAACCUUUAAGCUCACCACAACCUUCCACAUCUUCAUUCAAACUAUGCCAGGUGGCCCUGAACGCUGCAUGUUUCCCUGAGCGCCCUGGACAAUUCACCACACCACGACCCCCCUACUGGAGCCAGAAGCCCACAGCUUUAGGCUACAAGCCCCAGAGACCACCGAUCAACACCACACUGCUUAAAUCACAGGAGGAGAAGCUGUGGCUUGAGGAGAAACUGGAAAUCGCUGGGGAGGGUAACCAAAUAUAUAAGAGGCCCCGGGGAAGAGGUAGAGGUCUAGGUCACAAGAGAGGAAGAAGACUGCGGGCCGGCUCAGUGCGACUAGUAAGCUCUGAUGGUUUAUCAGAUCGAGGUAGAGUAGAAAUCUUUAUCCGUGGCCAGUGGGGGACAGUAUGCGACGACCUUUUCACCACCAAAGCAGGUACUGUAGUGUGUCGACAGCUUGGCUUCAACACGGCGCUGGCUGUGAUGAAGAGGGCUGUGCUGGGGGAGGCAGACAGCAGCGUCAGGAUCCUGCUGGAUGACGUGGAGUGUGAGGGCGGGGAGAGGUCACUGCUGGAGUGCAAAAGAUCCAGGGUUGGGAAACACAACUGCUCACAUGGGGAAGAUGUUGGUGUUAUCUGUGGUUAGCACAGAGGAGCGAAAAGUUAAAGAAGAGCAUAGGAAGGAAUGGAGGAGAGAGUGGAAUUAUGUUUGUCGCACACAGGAAGUGGCAGGAUGAGUAAAAAAACGAGAGAAGAGAAUAUUUGGUGCAGUGCUAAAAGGUACAAUAGGUUUUUGCAGACUGCACAUUUUCAGCAAGUCAGUUUUCCAUUUCCACAAAUUGUAUUUUCCUUUUUUCCAGUUUUACAUAAUGAUUUCAUUUCAUUUUUCAUUUCCCAUCCACUGCUAAAUGCAAAACAAUGUGCAUGCACAUUACUUUGAAAUACUUUCUAUGUGUUUAGUUACAAAGACUUGUUAGUAGAGUUUCUCCUAAACUCACUCAGCCCACUUUUUUGUAAAUCUAUAGCAAUGCUUAUCGAGAAUAUCAAACAUAUUCCAAAUUUCGUGUGAAGUACUUUCCCUUGCCAAGGUAGUCUCAUGGACUUUUCAAUCAAUUUUUAAUCACUUUGUAAGGAAAGGUCUUGUUUUUGGAAGAGCGUUAAAUCUGCUGAGAUGUGAACCAUAAAUUCAAAAAAAAGAUCUUUGGUGAGUCAUGACAUUGUGGAUGGCAGAUUCUCUUGAAAUGACUGUACCAAAUUACUGUGCGGUUAGUGACAGGGAGUCCAAACAGUCACUGCAUCAACAAAAUUCACAGUCUGCUUGUUUUGAAGGAAUCCCAAAUGAAUUUUGCUGUGUCACAUACUGGUUUAACCAGGCACCGGAAACAAUCCCAUCAGUGGUGGUGACAACUGAUCAUUGUCAGGCAAGUGUGACUGCGGUGGUGUUACUUCAAGCUUUAACACAAUUGAUUUUUUCAUGAUGAGAUUUUUAAUUUACUAAAAAUGAUGGAAUGAGUGACUUUUGGAGAAACUUUAAUCAUAUUCGGGCUGUGUUGUGUUUACAUACUUAUCAGUACAUUCAUGAGGCAAAAAUACAGCAUAUCCUGUUAAAAUACGGUAGUCAGUUGUGUUCUAAGAAGAUAUUUGUGUUUUUUUUUUUUUUUUUUUAUAAUUUCACCAGGUUUAUUUUCUUACACAGCUUUUUAUAAUUUGCAUUUUGAUACCACCUUGAAUGUAAAAAACUAAAGAAUUUUAAAAAUGAAAUGCUGGACAUUCUGUGUAUUGAAUGUAAUGAAAUGUUUCCAGUUUUGAGUGCACAGAGUGCCUGUGAUAUGAAUAAAGAUU